UUUAGAAGUCUGAACAGGGGAACAUCUCUGUCGAAGUUGAAGUUCGCGCGACGAUCAGAACGAGAGCUACGACGCCGUUGAUCGACCACGGAGGGGAAUGCCCCUGCUACAAUGGAUGAUGACUUCGUUGAAGAAGAGGUUGCGAAAUCAUUUGAGGGAGAUGUAGAGAACGAAUCUGUUGAGGUACAACGACACAUCCAUGUUCUUCACCACAAAUUUGGUUUCGAAAGUAAAGAAAUGAUCAUAGAAUGGGCUAGGAAAACUGGGCGUUCGAAUGGCUCCAGAAGUUCUAGUUUUGAUAAUCUGAAUAGAGGUUCUUCAAUAAUUGAUGAGGGUUCCGAUUUCGAUACAGAUUCUGGUUUCGGUUCUACAUCUGACUCCGAAAGUGAACGUGGGAGGGAGCAAAGGAGGAUGUGGAGGGAGAAGAUCUUGGCUGAGAAAGCAGCUGGAAAGGCUGUGCAGGCCAUAAAAGAACGCGAAGAUAUGGUUGCUAGGUUGGAAGGUGAGAAGCAGAGCUUAGAGAAAAUACUUGAAGAACGAUCCAAACAACAAGCACAAGAGGUAAUACUGCAUGGGUAUAAAAGGUAAAAAAAAAUGUACUCUUUAGUAUGGGACAUAUUACCUGUACAUUAAUUAGUACAAGUAUUGGCACACAAGAAGUUAUGCAAGUUAUAAACUAAAGACCAACUACACCAUUUUCAUUUUGAAGAUAGAAGCCAAACUCGACCAUACCAGAUAGAAUCUAUCGUUUAUUUUUCAAACUUCAAGAUUCACUGAACUGCCUUUAUUUGGAUUUGUAGAGAGACUUGAACCGCCUUGACAUGUGGUCAGGUAGAUUAGUCUAUCUACCAACUCGAAAAGCUCAUCUUCUACUUUGCAUAUUGUGGCGUCAACAUCUCUUGGCUGGGCAUGAUAUGCUCUGUCUUUUGUUAUCAUUGAUGUGGCUC